AAAAAUGGCCAGAAGGCUUCAGAGGCAAAGGAGGUGAAACUGUACGGUCAGAUUCCUCCUGUAGAGAAGAUGGAUGAAUCACUCUCCACGCUUGUUAAGUGCGAGAAACUAUCGUUGUCUACAAACUGCAUUGAAAGGAUCGCCAACUUGAGCAGCUUAAAAAAUUUGAGGAUUCUGUCUUUGGGAAGAAAUAACAUAAAGAACUUGAAUGGACUGGAGGCAGUUGCAGAUACUUUAGAAGAGCUGUGGAUCUCCUACAACUUCAUUGAGAAACUGAGGGGUAUCCGUGUAAUGAAGAAGCUGAAGGUUCUUUAUAUGUCAAAUAAUUUGGUGAAAGACUGGGCAGAGUUUGUGAGACUGGCGGAGCUGCCGUUACUAGAGGAUCUGGUGUUUGUAGGCAAUCCACUACAAGAGAAAUACGCCUCUGAUCAGAACAGCUGGAUUGAAGAAGCAACCAAACGGGUACCCAUGCUGAAAAAGCUGGAUGGUAUCCUAGUUAUUAAACAAGAAGAAGAAGAUGAAGGAGCAAACUGAUGACACUUUCUUGUUGGGUAUUUAAUUAUUUAAGUAAAACCUCAGAUAGCUUGGUACAUAGAACUUUUAUAUAAGUGUUUGUUUUGAAGAAAAUCUUUGUCCAGUUUUUAAAAGACCAGCUUAUCUCCAGUCUCUCACCCAAAGAGUUAGUUACCAAAAUUUGGGUGCACCAAUUUUGUCAAGGUUAUGACACCUUCUGUAGAGACCAGUGGAGUUGAUUUCAUCUGCUGUUUGGCUAGCAAGAGAUCUUCACCUAAACUAAUACAUUGCUAUUUUUAAUCCCUGAUUAGUGGUCCUUGU